AUGACCGACCACGACCACGACCUCGAUGAUCUAAGCAUCCCUAUAGCGCUGAGACGGACGCGCCGAACUGGAACUGGAACUGGAACUGUGCGCCGAAUCUCGGGCGUGGGAAGUGCUGCGAUCAAGAAUUUAGGGGCAGUCACAUACACACGAGAGAGAGAGACAUCACCACCUACGCCCCCGACGACACCACGGACAUCACGCCGGACCUGGAAGCACAAGAUAACAAAUAGCACCGUCACCGUCCGGAGGGGCAACAAAACACACUUACACCUUUCUUCGGGUCUCGCUGUUAAUAGCCUGCAACUGGUGGAGGCGGACGAACUCUCACUAUCAACUGGCCUUACACCCAUGGUCCGGCGCAUAUCGUUACAACCCCCGUCUCCAGCACCAGCGGCGCGGGGCUCUUCGAAGUGCACAUAUAGAACUCACAGCAUAGCAGCAGUAACUCCAUCACGUCAACGGUCUGCUCCCGCUGCCACAAGCGCGAUAUUAUCGUCAUCAUCAUCCUCCUCAUCCUCAUCCUCAUCCUCACCAUCAACGACAAAACCCAGCAACACCUCCAACCCAUCCACCAUUGAGGUUAUCCAGGGGCAUCUUUCUCCCCAGGUUCUUUCACUCCGCCUCAGCCAGGUCCACGACGGCCGGAGCAAACCCAAGCGGCGCAGCAUCCAGGAGAAGAUGAACCGCGUGUACAGCGAACGGCGCAGAAGGGAGAAGGAAGCGCAAGAGGCGCAAGAGGAGAUUCAAAGGCUUAGAGCUGAGUUGAAGGAAAAGAACGAAGCGAUUGAGAGGUCUCAUCCUCAGGAUGACGAUACUGUGGAUUUGGAUUUGGAUUUGGAUUUGGAUUUGGAGUUGGAGUUGCCGGAGGUUGGCAACGGGAAGAAGGUUGAGGCUGGGAGCAGUGGGAGUAGUAAUGGGAGGGAGGUUAGGGGCCAUGUGGAGCUUAGGGAGGAGGUAACGGAGGGAAAGAGGAGGGAAGCUGAUCAUGUUGCUCGACAACAACCACAGGAUUCACCAGAAACACCCAGUAAUCCGACUUUCCACACGGCUUUGGAUCACCGGGUCCAUGACACUGGCUCUGGCUCGGGCUCGGAGACGGAAGCUCUUAGCUUGACCACAUCGCAAUUCAGCGAGGCUAUUCGCGCUCAGUUGGAUUGUAGUACGCCACCUCCUUCGGGCAGUCGAGUACAGUAUCGCCGUCCACUUCCAACAACGACGACAGCGACAGCGACAGCAAUAGCAACAGCAACAGCAGUGAAAGCAAAACCAUUUCCCAGCCCGCCAACCACCAGCCCCAUGAACAUGGGUAUGGGUAUGGGUAUGGGUAUGGCAAUGGGAAUGAUGCCCAUGACCCGCCCUGGUGCUGGAGCUGGUACGGAAUUACCCAUAACACCCUGCUCUAAUUCGCGACAUGGAGGGUCAGCCUCAGCCAUGUUGAGUUCGAGGCGGACGUCAAAUGCCACCACCAUUCAAAUUCACAACCUCAAUAAUAACGAAGAACAGCUAGAGGUCAUGCCAACCCGAUCCCGCACCUCCUAUCCUCCUUGCGGUUCCGCCUCUGGUCCCGCCCCAGCGUCCACAACUACCUCCGCCUCCGCACGCCACCACAACCCCAACCCAAACCAACAACCCCACACCCUCCACCACCAAGAACAACUCACAACUCUCACAACCCUCGCCACCCAAAACCAAACCCUCCAAACCACCCUCCUUCGCACCCAACGUUCCCUGCGCGUAGCUCUAGAAACCAUCAAGAACUUCCAGAUGGAAAGCGAGCAGUUGCGCGGAGAAGCCCUCUUGCUACAGCGCGAAAAAAAAGAGUUGAUGGAAGUUAUCACCGAUGUCAGCGGCCGGGUUCAGGGUGCGGUUAGGAAGGCUGUGGAAAAAAGGGAUGAGAUGUGGAAGGAUAAGAUGAGGACUCUAAAAGAGGGGAUUGUGGAGGGGGUUAGGGGGGCUUGUGAGGAGGUUAUGGAGGAAGGGUUGGAUGAGGAGAUGUCGGGGGUGGAUGAAAUGAGGGGAUAUGGAAGUUUACAGGAAGGAAGAAGGGGAUCGUCGUCGAGGAAGAGAAGGAGGGAAGAAGAGGAAGAAGAGGAAGAAGAGGACGAUAUCUGUCAGGACGAGCAGGGGCAGGAACGAGGAGACGGUGAAAGAGUUGACUUGGGAAGUGGGCACUCAGGUGAUGCUGGUGGUGGUAGCGGUAGUUACGAUGACGGGCUUGAGGAUAUGGAACGCAGGAUCAUGAGGAUGAAAGAGAGGAUGAUGAGGAAGAGGAGUUGGGAAGAGGAUACAGAUCCGGACGCUUGA